CAUGGCGGCCCAACCAGUGUCCCGGAUGCUGCGGCCGGUCCUGAGGUCCAGCGUCCGGAGCUGCAGCUCGGGCGCUCUGGUGACGCAGCCACACCCCGGGGAGCCCUCCCAACCUGCCGUGGAGGUGCCGUCCGGACGGAGGCGGUUCCUGAGGGAGCACGCAGCCCCCUUCUCUGUCUUCCUCACGGACAGCUUCGGCCGGCGCCACAGCUACCUGCGGAUCUCCCUCACUGAGAAGUGCAACCUCAGAUGUCAAUACUGCAUGCCCGAGGAGGGUGUCCCUCUGACCCCCAAGGCAGACCUGCUGACCACAGAGGAGAUCCUAACCCUGGCCCGCCUCUUUGUGAAAGAAGGUGUAGACAAGAUCCGACUCACGGGCGGGGAGCCGCUCAUUCGGCCGGACGUGGUGGACAUCGUGGCACAGCUCCACCAGCUGGAAGGGCUGAGGACCAUUGGCAUCACCACCAACGGCAUCAACCUAGCCCGGCUGCUGCCACAGCUUCAGGAAGCUGGUCUCAGUACCAUCAACAUCAGCCUGGACACGCUGGUACCAGCCAAGUUUGAGUUCAUCGUCCGCAGGAAAGGCUUCCGCAAGGUCAUGGAGGGCAUCCACAAGGCCAUUGAGCUGGGCUACAGUCCCGUGAAGGUGAACUGUGUGGUGAUGCGAGGCCUGAAUGAGGACGAACUCCUGGACUUCGUGGCCUUGACUGAGGGCCUUCCCCUGGACGUGCGCUUCAUAGAGUACAUGCCCUUUGACGGCAACAAGUGGAACUUCAAGAAGAUGGUCAGCUACAAGGAGAUGCUGGACACCCUCAGGCAGCAGUGGCCGGAGCUGGAGAAGCUGCCGGAGGAGGAAUCCAGCACGGCCAAGGCCUUUAAAAUCCCUGGCUUCCAAGGCCGAGUCAGCUUCAUCACGUCCAUGUCUGAGCAUUUCUGUGGGACCUGCAACCGCUUGCGAAUCACAGCUGAUGGGAACCUCAAGGUCUGCCUCUUUGGGAACUCAGAGGUAUCUCUACGGGAUCACCUGCGGGCAGGGGCCUCUGAGGAGGAGUUGCUGCGCAUCAUUGGGGCUGCCGUGGGCAGGAAGAAGCGGCAGCAUGCGGGCAUGUUCAGUAUUUCCCAGAUGAAGAACCGGCCCAUGAUCCUCAUCGGUGGGUGACCCAUCAAGUUAUUUUUGAUGUGCCACGAUUCCCCACCAGCCAUUCCAAGCAUCUCCUUCAGGGACUCCCUCCAUGUUCAGGGUCUGAGACACAGAGUGAGUUUCUCCAGCCAGAUGGUGACUUUGUGGAAAGGGGGCUGGCUCCCCCAGAUCCCUCUCCUCGCCCAGCGGUGGCUGGGGUCUGGCCUCCCUCAGAGACAUUACGGUUCCCACCUCGACUCAGAUGCCAACCCAAAGUGCCUUAGCCCAGAGCCCCGGGCUGCUGCCACCCUGUCAGGACCUCUGCCCACCUCAGACCAACUGACCCACGUGGACAGGGAAGGACAGGUGGCUAUGGUGGACGUGGGUGGGAAGCCAGACACAGAGCGGGUGGCCGUGGCCUCAGCCGUGGUCCUCCUGGGGCCUGGGGCCUACAAGCUCGUCCAGGAGAACCAGCUAAAGAAGGGAGACGCCCUGGUGGUGGCCCAGCUGGCAGGCGUCCAGGCGGCCAAGCUGACCAGCCAGCUGAUCCCCCUGUGCCACCACGUGGCCCUGAGCCACGUCCAGGUGCAGCUGGAGCUGGACAGCACGCGCCACGCCGUGGUGGUCCGGGCAUCUUGCCGGGCUCGGGGCCCCACUGGGGUGGAGAUGGAGGCCCUGACCUCCGCUGCCGUGGCCGCCCUCGCCCUGUAUGACAUGUGCAAGGCUGUCAGCAGGGACAUCGUGUUGGCGGAGAUCAAGCUCGUCAGCAAGACCGGGGGUCAGCGGGGGGACUUCCAUCGGACGUAGAGCUCCUGCCCCCUCUCACCCCUGGCCCAGCGAGGUCAAGAGAUGGGAUGCGAUUUCAGCCGAGGGAAAGAUGUCAAGUUCCUUUCACCCCGUCACCAGUUACCUUCAACCGGUAGGAACCCCAGGUCAGCCCACCCCUCUACUGCUCGAUGACCUACACUGACCCGCGAGGUUUCCUUUCUUCCGAGAGGAGACCAGCAGGCCCGUCAGCCUUCCUGGACCCUAACUAAGGUCGUGGGAGGGGGCUGGCCGCAGCGAGCAAGGCUAGAUAACCCCCAAAUCACACUGAGUGACUUGUGGACUCUCUCCGACAGUUGAGCCCAUAACCUCCCCUCCUCUCUUGGGUUUUCUCUUCUCCUUCCUUCCCCGGGAG